AAGGUAAAGCUUAACUUUCCCCUUUAAAUAUGGUCUUAUCUCUUCUACAAUUUAUUCUAAAGAAAUGAUUCUUUGAAUCGGAGAGACUAAGAAAUCAUGGGUCGUAAAAAAAUAAAAAUAAAAUUGGUGAAGAACAAAGAAGCUAGGAAUGUCACAUUUUCUAAAAGAAGGAAAGGUCUCUGUAAGAAAGCAAGUGAUUUAUCCGUUCUUUGUGGUGCUAAAGUUGGAUUGCUUGGAUUCAGUCCUGGUGGUAAUCCCUUUGCUUUUGGUUCUCCAUCUUUUCAAGUUGUAAUUGAUGAGUACCUUCAUGAAGGAGGCACUAAGCCUUUUGAAAAUGGAGAGAUCGAAAACCUCAACCAACAACACAAGGCUUUGAAGAAAGAGAUACAUGUGGAGAAAAAAAAGAUGGAAGAAAUUGAAAAAGGUAAAGUCCAUAUUGUCCCUACUAACCUUAGUUUGGAGGAACUUCAAAAAGUGAAGACUUCAUUGAAGGAGCUCCGAUGUGAAAUUGAGGCAGCUUCAUCUUUGCUUCUCCUUGCAAAGAAACCCGUGUUCAUUGUUCAAGAUCAAAUAGAUUGCAAUAUAUAAAACUCAUUGUAUUUAUGGGUUUAAAAUAAGAAAACAAUUCAAUGUUAUGAGAUCUUAUUACUAUAUUAGAGAUUUAUGUUGUCCAAUUUUAGAUUUUUAUCAUAAAUAAUUCAACUUUGUUUCGAUUUGUGUCUAAAA